CACUACCCAACUUAAUAGGGCAAAAAGCACGCAAAAUUUUUUCGCUCUUCCUCUUUCGUUUCACUACGUUCACAUAAAUAACAAUGAGUGCUGAUUUGGUUUGGUCUAUCAUCAGAAACAACAACUCUUUCCUUGUUAAGCGUCAAGGUGUUCAAUUCUCUUCUGAACCCUCCAACUUGAUGAACGUCAACUCUUUCAAGUACUCCGGUCUUGCUAACCCCAAGUCCGUUGCUAUCUCUUCUGCUGCUCGUGGUGUCCGUGUCACUACCACCAAGAAGGGUAAGCAACAAAACCCUGCCAAGGCCACCAACACCGUUGUUAUUGCUAAGACUCGUCGUCAAACCGCCAAGUCCGUUGCUAACUUGAUCGCUAAGAGCAAGUACAGACCCGAUCUCCGUGCUGUAAGUAUUGCUAUUGCAUUUAUGUGAUGUUUGCAAUGUAGGAUUUUUUGACUGAUGUGUCAAUUGACUCACACAUAGGCUGCCGUUGCUCGUGCUUCGGCUCUUAUCUCUGCUCAACAACCC